CACUGCUACCGCGCGUAGCCUCUGAUGAACCGCGAGUGCUUACAAGUGAAAUAAGUGAAGUUGGAAACUCGAAAAUGGGAGGACUAAAAGUGUUGUUGUUAGUGAUGUAUGCGGGCUUCGUUGUGGCUGACAGGAAGCCGACCAUUGCCGAGAAACUUAGGGAGGAUGCGGACCUUUCUCAGUUCUUGGCGCUGCUGGAAAGGAACGCAGUGGCCAACACGAGCCUACAGUACAGACAAAUGACCCUGUUCGCGCCCACCAACCAAGCCUUCCAAAGGUACAACGGAGAGAUGGACGACUCCCUAGUACUUUUUCACAUAUCAAACUUGGCGACGACGCUCACAAACUUGGACUAUUCAAUAUCAUCGGAGCUCGACGGCAACCCACCCCUGUGGGUUACGAGGCGCCGCGAUACAAUGCACGAUGACAUUUAUGUGAACAACGCCAAAGUCGACAUCUCGAGGUCGUACCAAGCUACGAACAGGAAUGGUAAAAUGCAGGUACUGCAUGUGGUUGACCAGGUGCUUCAACCAUUGCUGCCCCUCAGCCAGAGCUCCGGUGGAUCACCCGUGUACAAUCCAAAUGCCUAUCAGUUUCUGGAACAUUCGGACGAGUUCAACAUCGGACCGCAUCGCUUGAGGUCGUUUCGUCAAAAAGUAAACCAGCUGCAGAAAAAAGAAGUAUUCAAUGCCGACGGUCGACACACAUUCUUUAUUCCCGUCGACGAAGGUUUCAAGCCAACGACCAGAUCUGAUCUUAUAGACGCGAAGGUAGUGGACGGACAUGUCAUACCCCACCACGUACUGUUCACUCAAGCGACGCCCGAUACUAAGGAGUUCAAGAGCUUGGCAUUCAGUGACAAUGUUAAAGUAAUCAUUUCCUUCACCACGAGCAUGAAUGGCAAAGAAGAAAUCACUUUUGUGAACUCCAACACUGUUGCUGGUGACGCUAAGCAUAGCCGAGGAGUCGUACUGGCGGACAUCGUGAGAGCAAAUAUACCAGUCAAAAACGGUGUUGUCCAUCUCAUCCAGAGGCCCUUAAUGGUCGUCGACACCACCAUCGUUGACUUUCUUAAGGGAAUUGAAAAGGAAGACGGUCCCCUGUGCAAAUUCUACGAGGUGAUCAUGGACUUGGGGGAGCACAAUCAGUUCCUUAAUGAGCUUAUCCAGGCGAAAGACAUCACGCUGUUUGCACCUUCAAACGAAGCGUGGAAUGAAAUUAGUGUACAGAACGUUAUAAGGAAUCAUCAAAAGCUACAAGAAAUUUUGAAUUUGCAUUUGGUUCGGGAAAGAUUACCCUUGGACGCAAUCAUUCACAAUAACAUGAAUCAGCAUCCCGGCACAAUAUACCAAGCACCAACAGCGCUACCACGCAGGUAUUUGUAUUUCAACGUGAUAAACUACCAAAACAAUAUGACAUUGACCGUGGAAGGAGGCGGCGUGAACGCGACGGUCACUCAGACCAACAUAGCGGCAACAAACGGAUUCGUCCACAUCAUCGAUAGAGUACUUGGCAUUCCAUACACCACAGUUUACGAAAAGAUGAAGACAGAUCCUAUGCUCAACAUCACAUACAAUCUCGGCAAGCGACAGAUGUUCAACCGCCAACUGAACGAAAUGGAGCACCGUUACACGUACUUCGUGCCGCGCGAUCACGCUUGGCUCAAAUUCCAAAUAAAGCACCCCUCUGCGUACAACGCUCUCUUCAGGGAAGAUUUCGGAUAUUACACUAAACAAAUCUUGGAGCGGCAUAUGAUUCGAGCGGGCCGUUCGUACACUGUGUCGGAUCUGAAGCUUUUAGCCAACGAAACGCAUCCAUUCGUUCUGCCCACUUCUCGGGAUCCCCUACGAUUGCGCGUCAAGGAGUCUGAUAAGAAUUACUACGUCGAGUGGAACGGCCGUUGGAUCCACGUGUUCAGGCCUGACGUGGAAUGCACUAAUGGCAUUAUUCACGUAAUAGAUGAGCCGUUUGUACUUGAAAGUGACAUCAGAGCUACGGGAGGGGCAGACAAGAGUCGCUUAGCUUACAAUAUCUGUUUCCUAUUCAUUUCUUUUAUAUUUGCUAGGAUUUUUGAAUAUUAAGUGGUUCGUAUACUUAAAUUAGUCAGAACAUGAUUAAAAUGUUUUAUAACUGAAAGCAGGAAAACUUUCUGAAUCAAAUAUAUGUCUGUGUAACUAUUUAUAAUCCAAUGUGUGCAAAAUUAUAGAUGAAGUUUAUUAAAAAAAUGUUUAACCUGUGGUUAGAAAACAACAUAUACCGAUAAGUAUUUAGAUAGUUUGGAAAUUGAGUUAAGAUUUAGAUGAAAUUUUUAACCCCUUCAUUUGAGGAUCGUGCUUGAACAAAUUUUAUAUAGGAUACAUAUACGUCUUGUCCAUUACUGCUAAUGAAUAAUAACCGUUAAUAAAUAUCGUGAAAUUUUAACAUUAUUUCAUUUAAGUAGGUACUGGAAUAAACAAUACUUAAGAUGUUUAGAUAGUUACCAAUUUAGGUAUUAAUAGUUAUAGUAAAUGUACGCAAAGAAAAAUUAUAACCUCAAUCAAUAAAGACAUAUAAGUUUUACGAUCUUCUUAGUGCUGUUAUAACAUACCUACCUACCUAAAAAGAAGUGCUUAACACUGCCGAAAGUUUUAGUCAUUUAUAUAGAAAUCGGUUGUUUUAUUAAUAUUUACAAAGUGUCAUGAAAGAUACUGACUUUUUGAAACUUUAAUUACCUAUUUAAUGCAAUGGAAAAAUUAUAACGUUAUCUUUGAAAAAUGUAAGCAAACUAUGUUUUUUUUUAAUUUGAUUCGACUGAUGUUUUUUUUUUAAUUACAUUGUUACUCCUGUAAUUUCGCCUUAUUAACCAAGCUUACUGUGAAGUUAUUAAUAUUCGGUCACGACCGAUCUUCAAAAGAGUCUCACGGGACAUUGCAGAAUAAUGAAAAAAUAAUUGAUUAAAUGAAUUAAUUACCUUUGCAAUUGAAGGCAACCGAAUGAUGUUAAACACAAAUAUAAUUGUAAUUAACAUCAAUAAUAAUGUGGGGUUAAACUAAAACUAUCAGUUUUCUUUGUUAAAGAAAAUAUUGACGAGUUUAUUUAAUGUCUUGACAACCUACCGGGCGUAGCGGUGAGCGCUGUGGUUCGAAUUGGUAGUUUCCGGGUUCAAUCUCCGGCACAGGCAUUUGGGAAUUUAUAAUUGAGUUCUCUAUGGUGUGAGGCUUCCGCCGUUCCGCCUUUCCGGUACGAUGACGCGUAUAACCCGAUUAGGGGUGUAAUAUAA